AACUCCUCCAUUUGUUCUCAUGCCAAACUCCAACUCCCAAGAAUCUCUCUCUACACCACACCCCACUUCUUUAUUUCUUCUCUCCUUUUCCUUUUUCUGCUCUGCACCAAAUUCAUCUCUCUUAUCUCUUCAUAAACCACUUCCAUUUUUAUUUUUAUUUUAUUUUUUUGAGUAAAAUAAUGGUUCUUUGGCCAUCAUCAUCAUCAUCAAUCUUCUUUCUUCUUCUACUAAUUGCACUUAGUUUCACUAAUGAGAUUUCUAGUCUCGAUGAAAACGAACUUCUUUCUUUAAAGAAUCUUCAAUGGCGAAACGACGCAGCCUACCGCAGAAGCCCCGUCUUCUCUCAGAAAUCAAGAGUGACACAAAAUGGAGCAACCAUAUUAGAAAUGAAGCACACGGACUUCUUCGCCGGGCCGAUGAUGGGCUGGGCCCACAAACUCGAGCAACGCCUCGUUUCCGACGAAGCCCGAGUCGAGUCCAUACAGUCAAGAAUUAAAAACCUAGUAGUUCAAGAAUCAGCGUCUUCUCAUGAGAUUCCGAUCAAUUCGGGCAUCAAACUCCAGACACUAAACUACAUCGUCUCGAUAACCCUAGCCCGUCGGAACCUAACCCUAAUAGUCGACACCGGAAGUGACCUCACGUGGGUCCAAUGCCAGCCAUGCAAACUCUGCUACACCCAACCGGAGCCACUCUUCAACCCUUCAACAUCCCCUUCCUACAAACCUGUCCCCUGCAGUUCCCAAUCCUGCAGUUCCCUGCAGUACUCGGCAUUCUGCGGCAAUAAUAAUAAUAACGCAAACACAUGUGACUAUGCUGUUACGUAUGGAGAUGGUUCGUACACGCGGGGAGAGUUGGGCACCGAUCGUCUACUUCUCGGCCCCACCCCAGUCGAAAAUUUUAUAUUCGGUUGCGGUAAGGAAAAUAAGGGCCUGUUUGGCGCAGCUUCUGGCUUGAUGGGGUUCGGCAGAAGUGAUCUCUCAAUGAUUUCCCAAACUUCCGAUUUAUUUCAAGGGGUUUUCUCGUACUGCUUGCCCGAUACAGAUUCGUCAACGUCCGGUUCGUUAGUACUAGGUAGCGAUACUUCACUCUACAAGAAUAGCACACCGAUUUCCUACACGAAUCUUGUCCGAAAUCCUAUGCUUAACAGCUUCUACGUUUUGAACUUAACCGGAAUUACGAUCGGCGGGGUCCGUUUACAGUCACCGAAUUUCGGGAAGAACGGUAUUCUCAUCGACUCGGGGACCGUUAUUACGAGGCUGCCGCCUUCGAUUUACACGGCUGUCAAAACGGAGUUCUUGAAGCAGUUCACAGGGUACCCUUCCGCUCCGAGCUUCUCGAUUUUGGACACGUGCUUUAAUCUUUCGGGGUACGAGGAAGUGAAUAUUCCGACGUUGAGGAUGUGGUUCGAUGGAGACGCUGAGAUGACAGUGGAUGUUUCCGGAAUGUUCUACUUCGUCAGGAGGGACGCUUCGCAGGUGUGUUUGGCGCUCGCCAGCCUGACGUACGAGGGCGAGACGGGAAUUAUCGGGAAUUAUCAGCAGAGGAACACUAGGGUUGUGUAUGAUACUAAGGUGAUGAAAGUAGGGUUUGCAAGGGAGACCUGCAGUUUCAGUUAAGAGUUAAGACAGAGAUGUAAAAAUGGAGUGAGAAUUAAGAAAAAGUUGUGAUUAUUGGCAAAGCCAAACAUGACCUUGGGAAAUAGAUAUGUAGAAAGAUUUGUGUUUUUAUUAGGUUUGAUUUUUUGUCUACAUAUAAAUGUGUUGGGGUGGUAUAGAAAAAAAAUAUGUAUGAAAGAUUGUUUGUGUUUAAUUUUAUUUAUAUCUGGUUACUCAAAUGUAAUAUAUACUAAGGUUCAUUUGAAAUACAUGCUUUCAUGUUAUUUUGUAG